UGGUAUAUCGGAAGCUUUAGUGCAAGAUGUUCGAAGAAAAACUUAUAGCAGAGAUUGAAAAACACAACUGCUUGUGGGACAAACGACAGCUUAGUUACCGCGAUCGGGUGAAGAAAGAUUUGGCUUGGCGAAAUGUAGCUGCUGCUGUGGGACAUCCUGAGGAAAACUGCCGAAAGCGAUGGAAAUCGUUAAGAGACCGAUAUGGAAUAGAAUUGAAGGUUGAUCAACAACCUAGCGGAAGUGCUGCGUCGUUUAGACGAGCUUGGCCAUAUUACGAAGCUAUGUUGUUUUUGAAAGACACGGUCACGCCCAGACAGACAACAACAAACAUCGUCUCCCAAACGCCAGAAGUUCUCGGACAAGAACCAGAUAUACUGGAUACUUCCUUUGGAUUCCAAAUAGGCGAGAGUGGGAACAUUAUAAUAGAAGAGCAAGAAACCACUGCCCCAACGCCGGCUAAGAGACAAAAGAAAAAAAACGAUGAGAACGCCGCCUUUAACGAUCUAGUCAACGAAGUAAGUCAGUUUGUGGAUAGUCAAAAAAAAACACACAACAAUUUCUUGGGUGCGAUUGGCGAAGUGUUUGAGAAGGUCCCAGAAGAGAGCCGCCUAGAUUUUCAAAUGGACGUACUUCAAUACGUCUAUACUCAAUAUAAAAAUUAUAAAAAUUGAAUUUACGAAAUUUAAAAAUUUAAAUGACAUCCAGUUUGAAUUCAAUUUUGCGAACUUUAUAUGUAAUCUAAUUUAGUAUGAAAUCUGAUUUUGAUUUUGCGAAUUAAAUAUGUAAUCGAAUUUAAUAUGCAAUCUCACAGAAAAUGCUUGCUAUAAUUUCAUUGUUUCUAAUCAAACACAAUUGUACAUUUUUUUUAAGAAAAUAUUCAGGAUAUUAUUCCAAACGCGUGGUUUUCGAUGCAAGUUUACGAGGCUUACGCGGUUACGAGACAUUUAAAUAAAUAACCUGGAUAUUUUUUUUAUAAAAAAUUGUACAAUUGUGUUUGAUUAGAAACAAUGAAAUUGUAGCAAGCAUUUUCGGUGAGAUUGCAUAUUAAAUUCGAUUACAUAUUAAAUUAGAUUACAUAUUAAGUUCGCAAAAUUGAAAUCAAACUGGAUGUCAUUUAAAUUUUUAAAUUUCCUAAAUUCAAUUUUUAUAAUUUUUACAU